GAAUGUCUAAGUGGUUAGAUUUGAGCCUUACUUGUACACAACUAAACUUCAAUCAGAGUGUUGGCAACACAUACAGCAAUCGUAUGAAUCUACAAUAUUAACAUUAUAGGUAGUCCCAUGAAUCUGAUUGUGGAUCUUUACAAAAAUUCACGUUAUGGAUAACUGUAUUUAGGAAAUAUCAAUGCAGCUAAUGAUAUUAAAUAUUUAAGAGAACAUUCUAUCAAUGCUAUUGUAGCUGUAAUUGAUACAAGUGAAAUCAAAGUUGAUCCAUCUAUGACUAGAUUAGUAUAAAAAUCAUAUUAUACAUAGUGGAUAAUGGCUGAAGAUGCUGAGAAUUUUGAUUUGCAUCGUUACUUUGAUGAAUGCUCUAACUUUAUACGAGAUCACAUUAAGAAUACAAAUGUGUUUGUACAUUGUUAUGCAGGCAUUUCUAGAUCAGCUUCAAUUGUUAUAGCAUAUAUGAUUAAACAUCUAGGUUACUCUCUUAAAGAAGCACUCAAGAAAGUAAAAGGAGCAAGAUCAAUUGUUGAACCAAAUUCAGGUAUUAAUCACUUAAAUUAUAUAAAGGUUUUAUGAAACAAUUAUAAGAUUAUGAAUACAAAUAGAAUCUUAAUUCUCAUUAAGGAACAAGAAAUGGAUCAUCUUUUCAUUCAAAUCCUAGAGGAUCAGUUACAUCUGCUAGUAAAGGAUCUUUGCAUAGUGCAAAACCAUCUUUUUUGGAUAGAAUGUCUUCUGGUUAGAAGGAUUUAAAGAGAGACUCUGAAAGUCCUUUAGUGAGUUAAUUUUAUGUGAAUGGGAGUGCUAAAUAGAUAAAUAAUAAUAAUAAUAAUAAUAAUAAUAAUAAUAAUAAUAAUAAUAAUAAUAAUAAUAAUAAUAGUAAUAAUAAUCAUCCAAAAAGUUUUUUUAAACAAGGAAGUGUUGGAAGUUUAUUGAAAUAAACUAAUAAUGAUGAAUUCUUCAGAAGAUAUUAGAAGUAAAAGAAUGUUGAGAAUAUUUGGAAUCAAGGAAUGAGUGGUCAUCAUAAAUCAGCUCUUGAAAUUAAAUCAGAUAAAAUUGAAUAAGUGAAAUUGACUCUAUAAACAUUUGGUGUCAAGAAUGUAUUUAGUGGAUCAAAUGGUAAUGGGUUACAUUUUCACCAUAAAGGAUUAUCUUAAGGAUGA